AUCUAUAGGUUCUUUGAAACAUAAAUUAAAUAUUUCAAAAUCGUGAGCUUCAGCUGCAUGAACUUGAAACGCAUCGAUAUCUCGCAAACGCGGUCUGCUUUUGUUACAUUCCGAUUUGGCUGAUAACAAAAAUAUGAACAUCAAUUGCGCCUUUCUGUUGCUUUUUGUCGCAUAUUUUGCGAAUUCCGCGUUCAGCGCACGGAUCCUCGGCGUUUUCCCGUGGCCUGGGAAAAGCCACAUGAUCACUUUUUCCGCAAUCACCCACGCCCUGGCUGAAAGAGGUCACGAACUGGUCGUGGUCAGCACCUAUCCGUCCAAGAAGCCUCCUGCGAAUUACACGGACAUUGACACAUGGCCAAGUUUAAAAGUGAUGUACGACGAAAUGAUGGCCAGCACCGACAUUUUCGAGUUUGAAGAUGUCCCGAAAAUUUUUCAUCCUGCUUUAUAUUUGUCGAUGGGAGUUCAAGCGGUUGAGCUCAUGACGUUCCAAGAUGAACAGGUUCAGAAACUUUUGAAGGACGAGAGAGGCUUUGAUCUGAUUAUUGCAGAGGAUUUUGUUUGUGACGGCAUUUUUGCUUUUGCUCAACACUUCAAGGCACCUCUUAUUUUAAUAUCGUCAUUUGGCGGAUAUCCCUGGCAAAAUUACGCCGUCGGCAAUCCUUACAACCCUGCUUACGCCACCAAUAAUCUUUUGGAGUUCUCGGAUCGAAAAACCUUUUGGGAACGAUUUGUCAACACGAUUUACAACCACUACUGGGACUUUGCGGCCGAUCUGUAUUAUUACCCGAGGCAAAAUCAACUCGCGCGAGAUUUCUUCGGGCCAGGUUUGCCGUCGGUGAAGGAGCUUCGCAAGACGGCCAGUCUCUCGAUGACCAACAGCCACUUUUCCACCAACUACGUCCGCCCUUUGGUGCCCGCGUUCAUCGAGGUCGGAGGAAUGCACGUCAAGCCACCGACUAAACCGCUGCCGGCCGAAAUGCAAAAGUGGAUCGACGAGGCCGAGCACGGUGUCAUUUACUUUUCGCUCGGCUCGAACGUCCAGUCCUCGAUAAUGCCGGACGAAAAGAGGAAAGCGUUUUUGGACGCUUUUUCAGAGUUGCCACAACGCGUUCUUUGGAAAUGGGAAACGGAAAAUUUGCCUGGGAAACCGGACAACGUGAUGAUCAGCCAAUGGGCACCACAAAUGGAAAUUUUGGCACACCCCAACGUUAAACUGUUUAUUUCGCACGGUGGAUUGCUGAGUGGGCAGGAGGCAAUGUAUAAUGGAGUUCCGGUUGUGGGAAUUCCUUUCUUUGGAGACCAAAUAAUGAACGUCCAAAGGGCGGAGAAUGAAGGAUACGGAAUCAUGCUACCAUUCAAGAAAAUCACCAAAGAGUCGGUUUUGUCGGCAGUUAAGAAAGGACUUCACGAUGAAAAAAUUCGUGAGCAAGUGAAAUUGAGACAAGGUGUCUAUUUGGAUCAGCCGCAGACUCCUCUUGAAAGAGCCGUUUUUUGGACGGAAUACGUUUUAAGGCACAACGGGGCGCCCCACUUGCGCUCGGCAGCCCUUGACCUCACGUGGUACCAACUGGGACUGAUUGACGUUUAUGCGUUUAUUUUGUUGCUAUUAAUUGGAUUUGUGUCUAUCAGCGUCUUGUUGUGUAAUAUUUGCCUGUGCAGAAAAAUUGGAAGUAAAAAUAAAGUCGAGUAACAACAGAUUAAUAAUAUUGUUCUUAAGAGCAAGCGAGUAGAUUUCGACUCAUGACCCCCCAAGAUAAUUAUUGGAAAUAAAGCCCGGGUGGUGAUGACGCGUAUUUGACAAUUGGUUGACCUUCGCACGUUGGUCUUUCAUUCUCGUUGUUACUUGGCAGUGAUCGAGGUUAGUGACAUUGUUUUAAUGCCUCCCUUUGAAUUUAUGCAUUCAAUUCAUUCACUUUAAUUUUUAUUGAUUUGCAAUUUGUU